AUGGCCUAUGCACUGAUUGUAACACCUGACGAAUUAAAAUCUACCACUGUUCUUCAUGAUGUUAUUGACUAUCUAGUCUCAAAUAUCAAUAUUGCUUCCGAAGCAUCCGAUAUGCGUACUUCUUCGGCACAUAUAUCCGAAUAUCUUAUUGCACUUGCACGAUUGGUUAUUAAUGAUAAUGUUGCUCAAUAUAUUAUCAGUAAAUGUAAAAUAAAUGCUACCAUAGAUGGAUUUAUAUUUUUCCAAGAAUUAUUUCUCAAAUAUAAUGAUUUAACAGCUGAUGAUUUAUAUUUGAAAUAUUUAAGUCGUAUUGCUCUAUUCAAUAUUUUUUCAAGUUUUAGUUAUCAAACAAUAGCUCAACCUAUUCUCGCGUCAAACAAGAAAUUCGUCGAAAUUGUUAAGAAAGCUUCACAUUAUCAGAAUGAACAAGAUGUGGUUAUUCAUCCGAGUCUUUUGCAACAUUUAUCAUCAAUUAAACAAGCUGCUGAAGCAAUUUUGAUCAAUCUCGAUUUAUAUCAAGAUGAAGAUACCACAAGCACAUUGGUGCGGUCGAAAACAGCUCAUCCACAUGUGAUGAUCUCUUAUUCACAUAAAGAUAUAGCAUUCUGUCGUGAUCUUGUUCGAGCAUUGAAAUCACAUGCGAUUAAUGUAUGGGUCGAUGAAGAUGGUCAUUGUCGUUCGGAUGAUUGUUGGGAAGAAAUAGCUCGAGCUAUCAAAUAUGCUUCGUUCAUAUUAGUUAUUGUUUCUCCAUCGUACUGUCAAAGUCCUUCGUGCCGAAAAGAAGCAACGUAUGCCGAUAAACGAAAGCAACCAUUGAUUGCUUUGUAUCCAAAUAGUGAUAAGUAUGAACCCGAUGAAUGGCUUGACAUACGACUGACUGGUACGUAUGUACGCUUUGGUGGCAACGGUAAAAAGUCGUUCGAUGAUUGCAUUGUUCGUCUACUCGAAUAUAUCCAACCUCAAGAUGGUGCCAGUGUGAAAGCAAACGUACCCGAACAGACAUCAUCUCUAUUGCCACCACCUGAACAUUCGCAUCAUAUGCCCGUCAGCAAUGCCAAACCAAUAGAUAUCCUGUCUUCAGUACCAACCGAAUCUCUCACAAAGACAAAGUCGUCUAUACAUGAUUGGACAAAACAAGAUGUAGAGACAUGGUUCUUGAUCGAACGUCAACUCUUACCAGAACUUUAUCAAAUGUAUUCAUUCGUCGAUGGUGAUUCAUUAUUCGAAUAUGCCAAAUAUUUUCUACAAGAACAUGAACAUGAUGCAAAACAACAAUAUGAGAAAUUACAAAAACGUCUCCGAGAUCAAUCCGGUGUAGAACUUUAUGAUAAUAAUUACACGGAUUUUGUGUGCUCGAUGAAAAAACUAUUGUUAGCAUACAAGACCACGAAAACGAUGCAAAAAGGUUCAUCAGCAUGUCUGAUUGUGUAG